GAUCGAGUGGUAGAUGGUAUCUCACAAAAACAAUGAAUGAAUGCUUUGAAAAAUGUGUGUCGUCAUAAAUGAGGUAGGAACAUAGCACGUUUAGUUUUAGAUUAUUUUGAUACACAAAAUAUAUCAUCUGGCUUAGCUUAUUAGCUUAUUAGCUUAGCUUGUUGGCCAGAUGUGGAUGGGAGAGUAGUGCCGGGCUGGCCUGCAUCUUUAUAUGUAGUGAGUGCCCGCAGCUAGGGAUCGAUCAUUUCUGCAGUUAAAAUUAUUCGGAUAUAUAGAAUGGGUGGGGUGAUGAGGAUGACGGCGGCGGCGAUGGCAGUGGCGGUGAUGGUGGUGGUGAAUGGGAUUGGCGCCGGAGGAGAGCCGCAAGUUCCAUGUUACUUCGUAUUUGGGGAUUCACUGGUGGACAACGGAAACAACAACGAUAUUACUUCAUUGGCAAAGGCUAAUUACAUGCCUUACGGCAUUGAUUUCCCGGGCGGCCCGAGUGGAAGGUUCUCCAACGGCAAAACCACCGUUGAUGUUGUUGCUGAGCUCUUGGGAUUCGACGAUUACAUUCUGCCAUACGCAAGCGCUAGGGGUGAAAAUAUUCUUAAGGGAGUCAAUUAUGCAUCUGCAGCAGCUGGAAUUAGAGAUGAAACUGGCCAGCAGCUGGGUGAUAGGAUAAGUUUUUCUGGGCAAGUGAGGAACUACAAGAGCACUGUGGAGCAGGUGGUGCAAAUACUAGGAGAUGAGGACUCGGCUGCAAAUUAUCUGAGCCAGUGCAUUUACUCCAUUGGGGUGGGCAGCAAUGACUACCUCAACAACUACUUCAUGCCCAUUUACUACUCCUCCAGCCGCCAGUACACUCCUGACCAGUAUGCUGACAUUCUUAUUCAACAAUACACUGAGCAGCUUCAAGCUCUAUACGACUACGGAGCGCGGAAGUUUGUACUGAUUGGAGUGGGCGCCAUUGGGUGCAGUCCAAACGCUCUGGCCCAAAACAGCCCCGACGGCAAAACGUGUGUGGAAAGAAUCAACGUUGCAAAUCGGAUAUUCAACCAAAAACUGAGGGCACUUGUGGACACUUUCAACAGCAAUACACCGGAAGCAAAAUUCAUCUACGUAAAUGCCUACGGAAUUUUCGAAGAUUUAAUCCAAAACCCCUCAACUUAUGGAUUUAGAGUGACGAAUGAGGGUUGUUGUGGCGUGGGGAGAAACAAUGGUCAAAUAACAUGUCUGCCUCUGCAAAAUCCAUGCCCAAAUAGAAAUGAGUAUAUAUUUUGGGACGCUUUUCAUCCGGGUGAGGCAGCAAAUAUUGUAAUCGGAAGGAGAUCUUACAGUGCGCAGAACCCAUCUGAUGCGCACCCAUAUGAUAUUCGUCACCUGGCACAGGUGUAAUCAUUAAUGAAUAAUAAAACGGAGUAUGAAUUAUUGGUCAUUUUAAUUAAUUAAUUGACGAGUGAUUCAGUUCCUUUCAUAUUCUAAUACUCGAUGUGUACUUGAAUUAAGGUGAUUUAAUUUAGUAACUGUAUUGUAUAGGCUCAUUUAAUUUCUAUAUAAAAUCCUCACACAAACAUGCCUCUGGGGCUCUAAAGCCUCCAAUUCUAUCCGUUUGAGGUCUCCC